AUGAGCUGCGGCGUGUGGGAUGGCAGCGACUUUACGCCGUGUUUCCGUGACCAAUACAUAGCCAAUGCGUCGCUCGUCCUCGCCGCGCUCGGCGCCGCAUUCCUUUUGUUCCCCCGCCGCCGAGGGCCCGAGAUUACGACAGCCUCCCUCGUCCCUCCCGGCGGCGGCCUCCUAUCGCAACUCGAAGCGCGCGUCCUACUACGCAACCUGGCGAGUAGUCUUUCCCAGCCUGACUCUCUGGACUCGACAAAGCCAGAAGAGAAGAUCGCGUCCUUCCGCCGCGCCACCACCGGCUGGGACCGCUUUUAUUACUGGGUCUCCAUCUUGGGCGCCCUAGUGUGGAUUGGACUCGAGGUUUAUCGACUCCCCUCCGCGCCAGAAUGGGAAGAUUUCCGCCCCCUCAUCUUUCCCAUCGUCAUUCUGCUCAUGAGCGCGGCUGGUGCCCGCGCUUUGUCGCUGCUCACACUCCAUCUCGUGCCGUCGUUGUUGCUGUUCCGGUCAGGCAAGAUGGGGAAUUACCCGUCGUCCCCGUUGUCGACGAUCAUUGUUGUUUGGGAGGUCGUUUAUUGGGCAAUCUUGGUUUGCACGCCAUACCACGAUCCCUUGGAUCGGUUGGUUGGAGGUGCUGUGUCAAGAGGUGGGGUGGGGGGACCGAGACAUAUUGAGGAGCCUUGUACCGCCCUCUCGCGCGCAACAUAUUGGUUCAUCCUCCCAUUCUUGUGGAAGCACUACUGGAAGCCGAUCACGCUCGAGGAAAUCCCUGCUGUCCGCGAGGAUGACAGCGCUGCGGCUUGCGUCGGCGCGUUCCGCCGCUUCCAGGCUGCACACGACGCCGCUUACGAGGUCAAGCACAACUCGCCGCGGAAGCGCAACCUUGCCUGGGAUCUCAUUACGUUCUUUCGCCCCGAGCUCGUGCGACAGAGCGUCGUCGCGUGCUCGUUCGUCGUCCUCCAAUACCUUCCGCCGACGGGGAUGCGACUGCUCUUGCAGCAGAUUGGUCAGCCAGAAAGUGACCGUCACACCGGCACGGCGGCGCUGUACGUCGCUAUGAUGGCGAUCGGACAGAGCCUCAGCGUGGUGGUGUACGGCAACUCCUUGAUGCUCGGGCGACGCGUUUGCAUCCGCAUGCGCGCAAUCAUUGUCGGCGAAGUGUUCGCCAAGGCCCUCCGCCGCGAGGACCGUUCCGGGACCGUGAAGAAGGGCGCUGAUGGCGAGGACGAGUCGUCGUCAGACGGCAAGGUUAACAACCUCGUGUCGGUCGACGCGUUUGCCAUCUCCGAGGUCUGCGCGUACGUUUUCAUGCUUGUCAGCUCCCCAUUCGCCCUCGCCGUCAACCUCACGUUGCUGUACAUGACGCUCGGCCCAGCAGCCGUGGCGGGUGUGGCUGUCCUGGUCGCACUCAUUCCCGUCCAGACGGUUUUGGGCCGACUGUUCACCGUGUUCCAGCGCCGCCUCAUGAGUGCAACCGAUAAGCGUCUCGACGCAGCCACAGAGGUCAUCUCGUUCAUGAAGCUGAUAAAGUACAACUCGUGGCAGGGCAAGUUUCUGGAACGCAUGAGCGGCACGCGCACUGCCGAGCUCGGCGAGCUCGCCAAGCGCUUCGCAAUCAUGUCUCUCUCUGACAUUCUCGUAUGGGCCACACCUGUGUUCGUUACGGGCACUGCGUUCGGCGUGCACGUCCUGCUGUUCAAGCAACCGCUCACGCCGGACCGCGCAUUCGCCUCACUCGUCCUGUUCAACAUGCUGCGUGACCCGCUCGGCCUCUUCCAGGACGUCGCCAUCCGCCUCAUACAAGCCUACACGUCUGCGUGCCGCAUCCAGGACUUCCUCAACGAACCCGAGACUCUCAAGUAUACGCAGGUGUCGACGCCCGGGCCUUCGGACCCGGCCAUCGGCUUCCACGACGCCCUCUUCUCCUACCCCGGCGAGGAGGGCCCCGGAAUAGACGGCGCGCAACCCUUCCGCCUCGGCGAGCUUAAUCUCUCAUUCCCCAAGGGCGAGCUCAGCCUCGUCACAGGCCCAGUUGGUUCAGGCAAGACGACGCUCAUCCUCUCGCUCCUCGGUGAGACGGUUCUGCUCACAGGUGAAGUAUUCAUGCCCAACGACCGUGCCAGCCGCGACCUCUGCCCCGUUGACCCGGUCACGGGCUUGUCCAACACUGUAGCGUACUGCGCGCAGACAGCGUGGCUCAUCGGCGCGUCGAUCCGUGAGAACAUUGUCUUCGGCUCGGAGUGGGACGAGACACGGUACAAGGCCGUCGUACAUGCGUGCGCGCUCGAGCGCGACUUUGAGAUCUUCGACCUCGGGGAUGAGACUGAAGUCGGGGAGAAGGGCACGACAUGCUCCGGCGGUCAGAAGGCACGUAUCGCCCUCGCACGCGCGCUCUACUCGUCGGCAGCGACAGUCAUCCUCGACGACGUCCUGUCUGCCGUCGACGCACAAACUGCCCGUCACAUCUAUACGCACGUCCUCAAAGGGCCGCUCAUGAAGGGCCGCACUUGCAUCCUCGUGACUCACGCCGUCGGCCUCUGCCUCCCCGCUGCCAGCUUUGUGGUAAUGCUUGACGACGGCAAGGCCGUGAGCGGGACGCCCGCCAUGCUCGUAGCAUCCGGGGCGCUCGAGGCUGAGUCUGAGCCGAGCUCACCGACGGAAGGCGAGACGCCUGACGCCGUCAAUGCGGAGGAGAGCAUUAGCACGUCCAGCACGAAGACCUCGCGCUCGCGCCGCCGUUCGGUGUUUCAGGGUGGAGACGUAGACGACAGCAUCGAGGACAACCUCGACGGAAUGGAUUACGACGCACUCGUUGCGAAGAAGCGCCUCGACGCCAUCGCUGCCGGCGACGGUCUGACGCGCUCCACUUCCCGCUUGAGCGCAAUGACUGCAGAGGACCAGCUGCCCGAUAAGCGGCUUGUGCAGGACGAAGAGUCCAACCAAGGCUCGGUCCGCUGGGGGACGUACCUCCUCUACUUCCGCGCCGAAGGUGGUGUGCCAUUCUGGAUCGUCCUGUCUACCACGUUCAUCGGGGCCCAGGUGCUCCAGUUCCUCUCGAACUGGUGGAUUAAGGAAUGGUCUGGUGCGGACCAAGACGCGACGCGCCUCGAGAUCCACAAUAGCGUGCUCACCAAGGCCGAACACUCGGUGCAGUACUACCUCCUCAUCUACCUCGCAAUCUCGGGAGUGUAUGUCGCCCUCAUUGCAGCGCGUAUCGGUAUGUCUUUCAUGGGCUCGCUACACGCCAGUGAGUGGCUGUACUCGCGAAUGUUGGCACGCAUCCUCGGUGCCAAGCUGCGUUUCUUUGACGCGACGCCGAGCGGGCGCAUCUUGAACCGUCUCAGCAAGGAUAUGUCGUCCAUCGACCAGGAGACGACUUUGAUCCUCAUGCUCUUUGUCAACUCGGUGCUCUCGUGCGUAACAGUGUUGAUUGUCGUCGCGUACUCGUCGCCGGCAUUCCUCAUUGCGUUCCCCGUCAUCACGGUCCUCUACUGGAUCGUUGGGACGCUGUAUGUGACGACGUCGCGCGAAAUCAAGCGCUACGACAGCGUCACACGCUCACCUAUUUUUGUGUCCUUCUCCGAGGCGCUGGUGGGUAUGUCGACGAUCCGCUCGUACGGAGACAGCGCACGCUUCAUGUCCAAGUUACUGAGCGAGCUUGACACCAAUACCCGCUGCUUCUGGUAUUUGUGGCAGGCAAACCGCGCACUGAAUGUUCUCUCCAACUUUAUCGGCACGCUCAUCACCGUCGCUGCUUGCGUACUAGCCCUGCAGUCUGGGAUGAACGCCGCGGCAGCCGGCCUCUCAAUUACCUACGCCCUCUCGUUCACCGACUACGUCCUUUGGGUUGUGCGUCUGUACGCCGAUGCGGAAAUGACCAUGAACAGCGUCGAGCGCAUCUCAGAGUACCUGGAGCUGGAGCAGGAGGAGCCCAAAGAGAGCAAGGGCGUGGAGCCACCCGCACCAUGGCCAAGCCGCGAUGGUUCGAUCGUUGUCUCCAAUCUCACGUGCAAAUAUGCCCCACAACUCGACCCUGUGCUCCGGGACCUAUCGUUUGUAAUCGGGCCGGGUGAGAAAAUCGGAAUAUGUGGCCGAACAGGCUCGGGCAAGAGCACACUCGCCCUGUCCUUCUUCCGUUUCCUGUAUCAAGAAAGAGGGAGCAUUGUCAUUGAUGGCCUGGACAUUGGCAAGCUCAGCCUCGCAACCCUAAGGUCACGCCUGACUAUUCUGCCACAAGAAGCCCAGCUAUUUUCCGGAACGGUCCGCGACAACAUGGAUCCGUUUGGGCAGCACGAGGACGUCGAAAUCUGGGACGCACUGCGACAGUGCGGACUGACUGGGCGCACACCGGGCGCUUCGCUAGCAGCAUCGCGGGCAAUGAGCCGUAGCGCCAGUCGCGCAGCGAGUCGGCGCGGGUCGGUGCAGGACCUUGUGCGUGUUGCCUCCGGUCUGGACGGGCCUGGUUCGGCUUCUGCUUCCUCGCUGAGCUUCGCGCUGGGUUUCGACGAGGAGCGCGUCAUGAUCCGCUCGCUGGACGAACCAGUUGCUGCGGGUGGAAGGAACUUCUCACAGGGCCAGCGUCAAUUGCUCGCGCUAGCGCGCGGCUUGCUCAAGCUCCGCAACUCGUCGUUCCUCAUCAUGGACGAGAGCACAGCAAACCUCGACCAUGCGACAGACGCGACUAUUCAGAACGUGAUACGCACGGGACUGGAGCAUACGCAGAUGCUCGUCAUUGCGCAUCGCCUCAUGACGGUCUGUGGGUUGGACAAAAUCCUGGUUCUCGACCACGGGCGCAAGAUCGAGUUCGGCACCCCGUGGGAUCUCCUGCAGGAUCCCAAUGGGUCUUUCCGUCAACUGUGUCGCCAGAGCGGAGAGGAGGCCCAACUGAUGGAACUUGCAAAGAGCGUGCACGAGCGCAAGCAGGAAGCGCAGCAGAAGCAGUAG